AUGGCUCCUGAAACCCAAUACCUUCAUUGGUUGGAAUUCCUUUGUCUGCGAAUGGGCCCUAUAGUUUUUGGGCUCAUGAAUCAGACGGACGAACUUCCGACUUUACGGGUGCUGUUCAGAAGGCAAGGCCCCGAUAUCCUACCGUGCGCGCAUAUCCAGAAUGGAAGACUGAGGGAGCACUGUAUGUAUCCGGGACUCAUGGUCGAGGUAAGCAGCGCCGUAUAUCUAAAAAAAUCCCUUUAAAAUUUUGACCGAUCUCUAACGAGUGUUUCCAGAUUUUUGGGAUUCUCUCCCGCGCUAUGAACGUUUACAUUGAUUUCACAAUGGACACAAACAAUUCCUACUACGACUCUUUAUGCGACAUGUUGGACUCUAAAGGCUAUGACGUCUUUGGUCUGUCGGUUAGGUCCACUGCAAAACGACAGGAAGAAUGCGAUGUCUCGGCGGAAAUAUUCUCUGUAAGCAAAUAUUUUUCUAAUAGUCAACAACGAAACUACAUAGUUUGAACGAUCUUUGGUGGACUCUCUAUAACAUAAGAAACGUACUCCAUGUGCGACGCUCAGAAUUUCAUGAAUUUCCAAUCCAAAAUUUUUGGUCGCAAUUUGAAAAAAAUGUGACAAUUUUUUGCCAAAUUUUGGUGUUGAAAGUUUCAUGCAUUUGUCUACAGUAAACGACAAUAUAUGUAAAAAAAAAUAAUGUUUUUCAAACGAAGCUAGCAAAGAUGUGGCCAAAAAAUUUUUCUCUCUGACCGCUCUCCGCGUUUUGCGUACUCUAGGCGACAAAAAUCGUUCAAUAUCUCGGUUGCCCCUGCAAAGCACGAGCUAAAACUUUCCGGAAUUGAUAUGUGACACAUGACAAAAAUUUGUACGAAUUUUUUAAAAAUCUGAGCGUUGCACUUUGGAGUUCCAUAUCACUUGUUUGAUGACCUUUCUAAAACGCAAAAUUUAUGGUUUUGAAUUUAGAUGAGACCAUAUUUGUAUGUCCGAAGCAUCGAUCCGGUAACACAUUCCUGGUGGAACAUAUUGCUGAUUUAUGACACCAAAACUUGGAUUUGUAUCAUUAUCUUUCUGUUUAUCGAAGGACUUUUUGCGUAUGUGGCGUUGAAAUUGGAAAGAGCAAUCAGAAUUCAGAAUGAUCUGACCUUUGGGCAGGUAAGAAGGGCUUAAUCUGGGUCCAAAAUUUUUUCCAAAUUCUCAACACGGUAAAAUUUAAGGUUAUCUGGCAGAUGAUUCGAAUCCAGCUCUUCCAAUCGGACGAGCUCAACUUCAAGCUCACGGCGGGCAUGUUUUCCGUCUCUGUGUUCGCCCUCCUCCAGAGUACCAUCAUCUUCGGCAUGUACUCCUCGCUCUGUUUGUCCUCGCUCAUGAAAGACAAUGGGAAAUCGUAUCUGCGGAGCGAAGAAUACGUCUACCGACAAUUGGCGACAGGAAAACGGAAGCUCGUGUCGUAUGGGCCGCUGGAAGCCUUUAGGGAAUCAAUCUUGGAGAGGAAAGAGCAAACCUACAGAGAGCUGCAGCUGCUAUUGCAGAAUGACAGUUUUGAGGCGCAUGAUACAGAGAGCGGUGAGUUGGCUUCGAAUGGAGCAACCAGCCUGGACUGUCAGCCCAGUCCCUCAAAAGUUGGCUCGGCAGGUUGAUAAAAGGGAUCGUACCAGCCCAAUCAGAGCCCUGGUUUGCUGCCAAAGAUAUCGGCUGGCCCUGAGCCCUAUAGAAAAAUGCUUCCAUUCAUUAAAUUUCAAUUUGGCAACGAAUUAUUGGCCGAUCUUUACUUUUCAACAAAAAUUUUGAACGAAUCAGAAAAUUCCGUCUAUUAAGACCGAGAUUUUUUAUGACAGUUGAUAUAAUAGUUGGCAAGUCAGCCAAGAUUUUUUUUGCUCUCUGGCUGCUCUCCGCUUUUCGCAAACUCUCUCGGCCUCAAAGGUCGUUCAAUAUCUUGGCUGUCCCUGCAAAACUCAAGCUAAAAUUUUCUGGAAUUGAUAUGUAGUCUAUGCCCUGUGUGUGUAAAAAAAUUAGCAGAAAUAUGCGCGCCACGAUUCAAACACUUCCCUUGUAAAUUUCAUUGCUUUGAGCUAAAGCUCGGCUCUAUGCCCGUUUUUCAAAUCUUCUAAAGCCCGGCCCUGUAGACCUGUCUGGUCGGCUUAUUAUAAGCACAUAAAAUGUCGUCUACAAUUGUCCUUUCAGGUGUAAUUGAGUCCUACAGUCAGCAGCAAAACUUUCUCUACGACUACUCCUCUUCGGAGCUGGCGAAUCAAGUGAUGACCUAUUGCGACUCACUCGUUACGGAUAUCAUAUUUCCCACAACAUCGCGGCAUCUUCUACUGCCAAAGAACAGCCCAUGGACGGCAAAAUUAAACAGAGCGAUAGUUGAAAAUUACGCCCGAUUCAAGUCGAUUUACAAGCGGUAUAACGUUCGGCGGCGGGACGCGCUGUGUUUCCGCUACGAACCCGGGGAUCCGUUGAGUAAGUAGAACAGUGUUAUACCUGAUUUUACAUUGUCUAUUAUUUGAUAUUCGAUAAACUUCGGUUCUUUUUCAGAGCUGACUUUCUACAACGGCCUUCUGAUCAUCUUCGGCAUCAUGAUUACGUUGGGCGUUGGAGUGUUAACAAUCGAAAUUCUUUACCGAAAAUUGCGGAGUAGAGCAACUGUAAAGUAA